AAUACUAACCAAGAAUUACACUUAAACAGGAGAAAGGAAACCACAUGGAAACUGAGGUUGCCAUGGCGCUGGUGAGAUGCAUGUUGGGAGUGGCAGUCCUGCUGUUUGCCUCAGUUUGGGCCAAGUGUGAGGACUUUGGAGCUGAUUUACGAGAAGAAAAUAUCCCAGAAUCACUGGACCAGACCAUCUUAGACGUGGAUCCGGACACAGCUCACCUGAAGGAAGACAUCCAAGAGGAGGAGGUGGAGGGAGGAGGCAUGAGACCUAAAGAGGAAGAGGAUGGAGAGGAGGUGGGAGAGGAGGAAGAGGAGGAGAAGGGGAAGGGGAAGGAGGAAGAGAAGGAGCCAGAGGAGGAAGAGGAAGACAUUCUGAGCGUGUCUGAGCAACUGGAGCGAGUCAACAAGGACCUGGAUCAUGAUGGGGACCAUCUCCUGGAGGACGGGGACAUUGCAGUGCCCAUGUCUCGGGUCCAGAAAAGGAAUGCACAUCUGUGUGUGAGGAAAGGUUGUAAGUGGCCACGACAUCCAAACGGAAAGGUGUACGUGCCCUAUGUAAUCGCACGCCACUACUCUUCAUCUCAACUGAAGAAGAUAAGAAAGGUUUUCAGAUAUUUCUCUAAGGUCUCCUGUAUCAAAUUCAUCCCCCGAAGAAACCAACACGACUUCUUGUAUAUACACAGCUCUAACGGGUGCUGGUCCUCCAUUGGGCGCAGUGGUGGACUUCAGAAGUUGUCUCUGAAGAGAAAUGGGUGUAUUUUUAAAGGGACCAUUCAACAUGAGCUCCUCCAUGCACUCGGUUUCAACCACGAACACAAGAGAUCCGACCGAGACAGAUAUGUCAGGGUGAACUGGAAGAACAUCAUCAAAGGGAAGGAGCAUAACUUCCGAAAGGUGCAGACUCUGAACCAGGGGACUCCCUAUGACUACAACUCAAUCAUGCACUAUAAAAAAACGGCUUUCUCUAAAAAUGGCCGUCCGACGCUGGAGGCAUGCAAUGGUUACUCCAAGUUUGGAUUAGCCAAAAAGAUGAGUAUGUGGGAUAAAAAACGGAUCAACAAACUCUACUGCAGUUAAACUACUACUAUUGCAACUUAAAGUACUACCACUAAUGAAGUACUACAACUAAAUUACAGCUUAAGUACUUCAACUGAAAUACUGUAAGUUAGGUACUACUACUAAUCAAAUAUUACUACCAAAGUACUGUA